AUGGAGAUUGGCACAAAGCUUGGAUUCAGUCGGAAUAAGCUUGAGAACUUCAAACACAAGACAAUGCAGAAUCGCAAAGACGCUAACAUCCAAAUGCUCUGCACGUGGAAGGCAUCUCAAAAAUCGGGUGCUAAAGCGACCGAGACGUUAAAGUGCAUUUUUGAAUCUGUCUCCUUGGCAUCGGCUGAGAAUACAGGCAACUAUGGAGAUGGAACCAGUGAAGACUUCGACCUAUGUGGAGGUUCACCUAGUACGGGCGAGCAGUGUAGCGUUGCUCUUCCGGUGAAGAGUCUGUCUUUGGCAUGGGAACUGGGGAAAGCCCUUCGUCUGGAUGAUGACGUCAUUGUUGGUUUCGUCGCACCUUCUGAUUCUGCAGCAAUGAACAGACUAGCAUGGCAACUCCUCAACAAGUGGUGCAAAUGUUUAGGAAGCCAGGAAAAGAAAGUACUGAUGACAAAGCUUCUUCAAGAUUACAACAUCCAGGAUUGCAAUGCAGGUCGUGAUGAAAUCUCCUCAAAGAUUUGCACAACUCCAGAUCUACUCGACCUCUCCCGGCGCCUUGAUCUAGCAGGUUCUGACAUCCUGCAGGCCAUGAUCACAUCUGUGUUCAUUCCACCAACUUCAAUACGACGCAUCGUUCUACAAAUGCUUCAAGAAUGGGUACGACACGGAGGAACAAGAAAGAGGCUUCUCGAAAUUACAAAAGCUUUUCAUUCUAAUGACGCACAAUGGAACAUCACCCAGGUUUCCUGGACCCCUUCUCUCAUGGCAUCAUUGAUCACGACGGUGGAGAGCUGA